CCAGUACCUGCCAGACUGCCCAUCAGGUCCGUGCUCCAUGGGUGGGUCUGCAACUCGGUUGACGGGGCAUCAAUUCUUCCCGACGAAUGACAGCAGGUGUAAUCAAUUGCUUCCGCGAUCACCAAGCUAUCCCCAGAAACCCGAGAGUUGGUUGAGAGCCAGGACCGGAAUCGAAUUGACGACCGCCACUCUCGAAUCCGAAGCGAAUCCCCACUACUCAAUUGAUCACAGCACACCGAAGCCAUGUUGUCGGCAUCCAGACGAGCAGCGACGAGCGCCCUGUCGCGGCAGCUCCGCGUCGCCUCGAGACCGUUUAGUGUGUCGACGACGGUCCGCACGACCGAGAGACCCGCCGUCGUCGAGAAGAACGAGGCCGCGACGCCCCAGGUCGCCGACAACACCGUCCCCGAGACGGUCGGGCAGGCGCCGAACCGGUCGCUUGUGUGGUCGCGCAGCCAAAAGCCCCGCGCUGAGGCAAUGACUGGUCCGCGGUUUGAGCAGACUGAUUUCGCUCUCCAGCCACAACCUCACUCCGCGAUGGAGCUCGUUCACAAGGAGCCCGUCCGGUGGACUCACGCCCGCGUCGUGGCGUGUGAUGGCGGCGGCGGACCGUCUGGUCACCCUAGAAUCUUUAUCAACACUGACAAGCCGGAGAUUUCGAGCUGCAACUACUGCGGUCUUCCUUUUGCCAACGAGCACCACCGCAAGCACCUCGAAUCCCUCCCCGAGACCUCGUACCCCCUCGCAUAGAGCCAGCAAUAGCUGUAGACGGUGGAACGGGAGUGUUUGGCAACGGCAAUAGCCACAGCGGCAAGGGGUCGCCAGCUUUGGGAUGAAAAGAGAGAGCGAAUAGACACCGUGUGCUGUGCGACGGGCUGGAAGCCGUGGGCUGUGUAGAUAUAGCAGGAUCAGAGUUGCUUCGGGUUACACCAAUUUCACAAUUUUCAUUCAAAAAUUAGCAGAUGUUUGAGGUCUCGGGUUUUGAGGCGUUGGUGAGGUGCAGAAUGACUGCCCUCUUGAAGCAUCGGGGGUCCAAAUGGCUUGACGCUGCGAACGUUCGCUGUUUAAUUUACCGGCAUCGUGAAAGGGACGUUGAUGAGAUGGCCAAUGCGGAUAGUCAUGAAGACUCAUGGCUUUCUUGGUCGUCCCAAAUGUUAGGAGUGUUUUCGAAAGGUGC